AAACUAUGAAAUAUUUUCGGUUUAUUCCACAUCUUACCCCAUGUAGAAUGUAGAAUACUGUGAAUAUUAUCAAAAGGGUGAUAGGCACUUUAACAAUAUAUAGGCUAAGCUUAUACAUGCCGCAAACAAUGCAAAUAUAGUCAGUCUUGAUGGUUGUAUCAGAUACAUAGGGUUUCUAAUUGAUUUGGUAUAAAAUUGUAAAUAUUUUUUUAAUGAAGCAAACUAGAUUUGAAGCUAUGGGUACAUAACACAAAGCGUUUCAGUGAUAAAACGAGGUGCGUCGUUUUUGGGGCCUGAAACACGUUGGAUUCAAGGAUCAGCUAAGGAUUCUUGAUAGCACGUAAACGGUAAUAAGCGUUGUCAGAUGAAUCAAUUCUUGUCCUUCAAUUCCUCUCUUUCUUUGGGACAUUCCUCUUUUUGACCCUCUGAAUUGCGUUAUAGGGUAUAAAUAAAGGAUCUAAACCCUUGAAGUUCGAUUUUUCACCAAUUUUAUUUGGCGCACGAAUAAUAUAAUGUGGGGUUCCUGUGUUGUGAGUAUUUUCACACCUGUAGAGCGUGCAAUGACCCAUGAGUCAAGGGAGUCGCGGGAAUCUUUGUGGUCCAUGUGACUGAACCAGCUCUUGUCGCUCUAGAGUGAAUUCACAUUUGAAAGCUUAAAUACUAGUAAAUACUACCAAAAUCAAGGUGCUGACAAUCAUGGUUUUAUCCAGCGAGAUUCAGAUUAGAAGAUCUUGUGCCUAUAAGCCAUUAAGAAAACCUUCAGCGCCUAUCAGUAAAACAUCAAACAGAGCCAACUUCUCUGAAGAACUGGUUCGUGGAUUUGAGAGCAAGAUCCUCCUCUUGGAUGAGGAUUGCUUUAAAACAGCAGGAGACGCCAUAGAGAAAGAAAUAUUGUCAUCAUUAAAUGAAGGGACUCUAACUACCAUUACAUGUCUGCAACUAUUCCUGGACACUGCCUGGAAAGACAGAAACAGAACUCCUAUAAUUGCUGAGAUUUUCCACAAUAUUGCUCAAGAUCAUGAUGAUGAAUCUACAACAGGCUUGACAGUACUGCUUGAAAAGAGCUGUAAUGAUCUUUUGAAUAUUUUGACAUGUCUUGGAAAGCCAGAGGUCAACGAUAUCCAUAUUGUUACCUUACUUUCCAAUUUGUACCGGCUUGAAACCCUACCUGAAGAACACCGAGAAGGAGUUGAAAGCUUCCUUGUAGAUAUUGCCAAGGCAUUCUGGCCUUACUUUGUGCCACAGAAGCGUGAAGUUUGGGACAACGAAUUAGUGUCAGAUGCCAUUUGUGAUGUCUUCCACACAGUAGGCAAGGUCCUUGAGAUAAAGUGCCCAGUCAAUAUGGAGCGAACAUUCAAUAAGAUUACAACCAUGCUAUUCUCAGCGAACGUCAUCUCUGAAUACACCAGAUUAAGACUUCUAGAAGUGAAGGAGAACAGAGCUACAGGAUGGAUUUUGCCAGAUUCUGCAAGAGAUUAUUACAAAGCUGCAUUCUUAAAACUUCCCAGAAACAGACACAACUCCUCUCCAAGGCCAGCUUCACCCAGCUCACCAAGUUCUAGUGUUGAGGAUGUAUUUAUUACCAGUGCUGAGAAUUCCCCACCUACAACGCCGACAACAGAAACCAAAAGGGAAUUCCUGAAACACGAUAAAUAUGAGGUAACUGUCUGUGGAAACUGGACCACAGUAUCUGAAAAACCCCGCCACCCUUUUGUCAUUCGCAUUAAACCCAAACCUUUACCUGAACAAAACAAUAAUAUAACUUCUGUGACUAAUAACUCCACUGCACGAAUAAACUCAAAUCCUACCAGCAAACAACCUGAAGAUGAGAAAUUACAGAAUAUCUCAGAGCAGGAAUGUACAGAUCAUUUGGAAAUAGGUAAGGUUUCAACUCCUAAAAUCAAAGGGUUCCAGGACCAAAGCUGUGGCUUUGGAUCUCCAAAUGGCUCUGAUAAUUCUAACUUACAAGCUGGUAAAGAUUUUCAGGAGGGCAGAAAAUCCUAUGAAAACUGGAGUGAGUCUCAUUCACCAAGCUUUACAGAGUCACCGUUCAAUAGACAUAAUUCCUUUGACAAUGAAAGCUCAAGCAUUCGGCAGAGACUUUCAUCAACAGGAGAGAUGAAUCAUCAGAGGAGAUCACCAUUUAACAGAAAUGGAGGACUUCAUAGAUCACAUUCCGAGAGUAGCACUGGUGAAGCAUCUUACUUUAGACAGGGGCAGAGCCCAAAUGGGUGUGACUCAACUGGUUUUGGACAUCCUGAUGGUGAAAGGCUCCACUCCUGGAGACCUAACUAUCACAGGCAGACUAGUAAUGACAGCAUUGGUGAGUCAUCUUACUCUAGACAUGGGCUGAGCCCAAAUGGGUGUGAGUCAACUGGUUUUGGACAUCCUGAUGGUAGCAGAUUCAGUUCUUGGACACCCAACUAUCAGAGGCAGACAAGUUAUAAUAGAUGGAGGAGCAAUCUAGAAUUUCCUGUAAAGGAAGUCCUUGAAGGAGAAGACAUUGACACCAGUUCUCGGUUAUAUCUUUUGAGCUUUGCUACAAGACCAGCAGCAUUAGAAAGACCUGCUGAUUUGACUUUAACUCCUGAAGUAGAAGYUGAAAAAGAGUGGUUGAAAUGUUUGAUAUUGGAUGAGCCAAAUACUGUACUGGAUCGCUUUGGUCAGUAGUUAUCGCUUGGAAUUUUUCAAGAAAUAUUUCACCAUGGUAGCAGGAAACAUAUUAAACUGUGGUGGAGAUGGAAAUCUUUUGAAAAGCUCUAAAGAUCCCAGCAUCCAUCAGUUGUAGUUCUUCAAGAAAUGGAUCAAGAGUGAAGGUCCAAACAUCAUUAUUAAAAAUGAAACUGCUGUAUAGAUGGAAAUAUUUAAGAACCUCUAAAGAUCCCAGCAUCCAUUAUUUGGUGUUCUUCAAACAACAAUAAUGGAGGUCAACAGUUGAGGUCGAAAGCAUUAUAAAAAUGAAACUGCUGUAGAGAUGGAAUUAUUUAGGGAACCUCCAAAUAUCCCAGUUCAUUCAAAAACUUAUGCUGCAGCCAAUAUGUAGGAACCCUAAAAGGUUCCACACUUUUCAUCUCCUGGAAUUGGUCAAGAAAUGGCUCCAUUUUUCUAGAAGACAGAUGCCAAACAAGCAUCAUGUUGUGGUUUUGGGAGAUCUAAAAGUUUAACAAGCCCACUAAUGCAUGCUAUGUGCAUAGAUUACGUUCCUUAUUUAAAUAAUUUACUUAAUGGAUAAGGACUUGCAUUGUAUUUUCCAUUGUAAUUUCCACUUUUAGCGUUUUGUUCAGUUAAUUAUGUUUACAGAUAUAUACAGACACUGCUAUAUUACCGACACCUCUAUAUUACGGACAGAUAUUUAGGUCCCGUCAAGACCAUCAUACGUUCUUUGUUUCAUAGAUCCGACCCUAUAUUAAGGACACCUCUAAAUUAAUGACACUUCUAUAUUAAGGACACCUCUCUAUGUACACCUCUCUAUGUGAGGACACCUCUAUGUAAGGACACCUCUAUAUUAAGGAGGCCUCUAUAUGUAAGGACACCUCUCUAUAUAAGGACACCUCUCUAUUUAGGACACCCCUAUAUAAAGAAUACCUUUCUAUUAUGGACUUUUUUUUCUGGCCCUUUAGUGUCCGUAUUAUAGAAGUUCCACUUCAUACAGACGAAGUUAGUAUUCGUGAUUCGUCGGAAUUAAAGUACAGUUGUAAACAUUUUUACAUAUUCUUUAAGUUUCCUUGUUAUGCACUUGUAUUCAACACACCAAUGCAGUCCAAACUAGUAUGAGUUAAUCUUUUACCAUAUCAACUGUAAACAAUAAUGGGGGGGAA